UAUAUAAGUGUGAUUUUACCAUCGGUUUAAAUUUUUAUAACAAAGUUUUUUAUUAUUGCAAAUUUACUUAGUACAGAUGUUAAUCUGGCUAGUCAUCUAGUUUUCUUUAUUUAUCGCAGUUAACCAAAAUUAUGUGCGUACCUAUUCGACAAGGCACAAUGUAAUGUUUAACUGGAGAUAAGAGAUUAGCCAGUCAUCAAUGUAUCACAAUCUCAGUUAAAUAGAUAUAAGACCUAUUUAUUCCAAUUGUAUUGAUAACUUAUCUAAAAUACCUACAUGGGCCAAAGAGCUUGUACUAAACAAUUUUUAUCAAUGUACUAUCUAUUUUAUUAUGCUGCUAUUCAUUUUAUUCACGACACGACUGUUGUUUAGUUAGUUUAGAAAUUAUAAAGAUGUCCCAACUUGUAUUUGUCGGAGUAAUAGCAUCAGCUAGGUCUUUAAAAGAUCUCAAUGCUUUUACUGGAUAUUUAAGUGUUGAAAGUGGUGUGAUAACCAGUAUAGGCACAAAAGAGGAAUUGGAUAAUCAAAAAAAUAAAUUUAAGGAUUUUAAAUUUAUACAUCUGAAAUCAAACCAGUUUUUGAUGCCUGGUCUUAUAGAUUGUCAUACACAUGCUCCUCAAUUCCCAAAUAUUGGUCUUGGCUUAGAUCGACCACUGCUAGAAUGGUUGGACAAGUAUACAUUUCCACUAGAAUCUCAAUAUAGUAAUAUAGAUUUUGCUUCUAGAGUUUACGACACAGUAGUUCAACGUUUGUUAAUAAAUGGAACCACAACAGCAUGCUAUUUUGGGUCUUUACACAAAGAAGGUUGUUUGGAAUUAGUCAAAAGUGCCAUUAAAUAUAAACAAAGAGCUUUAGUUGGCAAAGUAAGCAUGAAUAUCAAAAACAAUAUUGGCUAUUAUAAUGAUACACAAACAGAACUGAAGCAAACAGAGGAAUUUAUUCAAAGUGUUUUGGAAUUUAAGAGUGAAUUAGUAUAUCCAAUAGUAACACCACGAUUUGCUGUGAGCUGUGAUCAUGAAUUAAUGUGUGGCUUGUCAAAGAUUGCACAAAAAUAUAAUUGCAGAAUACAGAGCCAUGUAUCAGAAAAUACAAAAGAAAUAGAGCAUGUGCUAAAAUGUUUCUCGGAAUGUACAACAUAUUCACAUGUUUAUGAUCAAUGCGGCAUUCUUACGAAAAAGUGUAUAAUGGCACACGCGGUGCACUUAAGUAAGAAAGAGAUGGAACUAUUUGCUAGUAAGGGUGUCUCUGUCGCACACUGUCCUGCUUCUAACACUAGGCUCAGGUCCGGACUCUGUCCAGUUAGAAGGCUUAUUGAUAACGGUGUCACUGUGGGACUUGGGACUGAUGUGGCCGGCGGUGAUAGCGCAACAAUUUUAGAUGCAAUGCGACGAGCAAUGGAUGUAUCAACACAUCUUGAACUACUUGGGAAUGAGGAAGCUAUCAAUUGGAAAGAAGCAUUCUACUUAGCUACUUUGGGAGGCGCUAAAGCAUUGAAUCUUGACGAAAAAAUCGGCAAUUUUGCAGUUGGCAAGGAGUUUGACGCGCUUGUCAUUGAUGCCUAUUCGAAAAAUGGUCCAACUGACGAUUAUGUUUACCCAUUACCUGCCGAUGAUGAAGAGCAUAUUUUAAACAUUCUUCAACGGUUUUUGUACGUAGGGGACGACAGAAAUAUCGUUCAGGUAUAUGUUAAAGGAGAGAUAGUUAAAGAUAAUCUGUGAUUAUAUUUUAUAUGAAAUAAAAUAUAUUUAUUUUUAUUAAAUUUUUGGUAUCAUAAUCAAUAUCAUAUUAUUAUAUUUUUCUUGAUAAUUAGCGGUUAUGAUUAUGAGUCUAUUAAGCUGGUGCUUUUAAACCAAAGCAUAUUUAUAACAAUUACGUAAAUAAAUUGGAAUACUACAGAAUAUAUAAGCUAUAAGUGUAAUAAAACAUCAUAUUUAUUAA